CUUUUGUUCAAAUUUGGCAAUAAAUUAACUCAAAUUCGCAACGAAAAUAUGCAUAAAAUGUGUACCAAUCAACCUGCAUGUGAUUUUCCAUGAAAAAUUGCCAAAUACAUAACGUUCUCGUGCAUUAUAAACGUUUUCCGCAAAACACUGUCUGUACGAAGGCUUUUGUAACUAAAACUCCGUUUUGACAUCACUUUCAUCAUAAUCUGAAUAAAAAUAAUAAUAAUACAACAAAACAAAUAAAAAAUAAAAAAAAAAACAAAAAAAACACCAUCGAAAACGAAUCAAAAAAUAAAAUAAUAAUAAAUCAUCUAAUAAAAAUAAAAGAGUUACAUACCAACAAAAUAAAAAUAAAUGGAAAAACAAAAUAAAAACAACAACAACUACAACAAAGCUCAAAAAGUCUAAGAGGCGAAUAAACCGAAGGGGCAUCUGCCAUAAACUUUUAGUUUUGAAUUUCCUUUGUUUUCGUUUGCGAAUUUGCUUCGAAAAUUCAACAAAAAACUCCUCUCGACCGACAACAACAACUACAGCAAACUUACCGCUGCAUGCCGAAAAGCUCAGAAGAAGAAGCGGUAAAAGGAAUUAUCGUGUGCAACGGUGAGCGGAAGAAGAGUCUUCACUCUAUCUGCGUGAAUGUGUGUGUGAGAGUGCGUCUCUGUGUCUGAGAUUCUACGGGUGUGAGCGAAAGAGGCGACAUAGCGACUGCGCAUCUGUGCAAACUAAACAACAACAACAAGAAGAAAACAAGCCAAGCUUGAAACGAAGACUUUCAAAACCAACAACAUCAACAACAACAAACCAAACAAAAUUCAAAUACACUUGAAACGCUGUGAAAUUAACUCGUCAAUACUCAAAGCAACAACAAAACGAAAGAAGAAGAGAAAGAGAAAUCAACUGAAUUAAAAACGGAGUUUGAAGUCUUAACAAACACAAUUACAAAAUUCAAAACCACACGCACGCACUAAAAACAAAACAAAAACCACAUCUAAAAGAACCUAGUAACUGUUAAAAAAAGAACAGCGAAAAAUAAUAUAAAAACGCGACGCUGAGGCGUUGACGUUGAACGUCAAGCUCGAAUAACUGAAGGAUAGAAGAAAACAUCAACAAUAGCAACAACAGCAGCAAAAAACACACACGUUAAACAAUCCCAAAAUUCCUCAUUUUUUUCCUGAAAGCUUUAAUUUAAUUACGAAUUUUUUUGUUAAGUCAAAGUGAAUUCAAUUUGCUAAAAAAAGAAAAGAAAAAAUAAAAAAAAUUAUUUAAAAUUAAGACAACAACAAAAACGCCGCCUCUACUACAACAAGAACAGGAACAAAGGAUAUAGAAGAGAAGAGAGAGAGAGAGAGAGAGAGAUAAAAAGAGGAACACAAACAGCAAAAGCAACACCAACAAACAACUGAAUUAAAGUUUUAAAGUACAAAAUAACCGGGAGUAAAAAGAAAAACAACAACAACAAAACAAACAAACAACUAAUUUAAACAUAUUAACAAAAACAUUUAAUUUAAACGCAACAUCAAUUUAAAUUAUUUAAUUAAGCAAACAAAAAAAUACUGUAGCCUAAGACGAUAAACAAAAAAAAAAAAAAAAAACUAAAAAAUAAAAAUAUAUUUCGCCUGCCAAGCGGCGGCCGUGUGAAGAAGUGCAAAAGAGAAAGGCAGCGAUCGCGUGAAGGAAAGACAGAGUUGGAGAGUGUUUUAGAAAGUUCCGCCUUGUAAAAGAAGAACAAAAACAAAUUUAAAAGCAAAGCAAACGAUAAAGCAACAAUUGUGCCGCAAAAGAAAACAAAAACCACAAAAAGCAACAAGCAAAAAAUGUACUAAAAAAAAGUAAAAAAAAAAACAAAAAUUAAAAAAAAAAAAACAAAAACAAAAAAACGAGCAACUAAAAAACGGUAACAAUAAAGAAAAACAUUUAAAACCAAAAAUCUACAAGAAUUCUAUUAAUUUUAAGUAACUUUUACAAAAAUAAAUAAAAACAAAAAACACAAAAUGAAGAAGACCCCAGCAACAGAAACAACUGAGUAACACAUAAAAUACAAACAAAAAAUUAAAAAAAAAGGACAACAAAAAAUUCAAUCGCAACUUAGCCAAUAAAAACAAGAAAAUUGUAAAUAAAUGAAAUUAAAAAACUGAAAAACCCAGAAGAGAAACGUCGAAAACUGAAAAACUGCGGCCUUUGUGCCCGAAAACCAAACAGUUUUUUAUUUUUAAUAAUAAACUAUUGUUUAUAUUUAAAUAGUUUUCAUUUUUUUUAUAAGUGUACCUAGUGAGAAAUGUUAAAAGUCUAAAUGAGAUAACGAUUAAAAGCAACUGAAACAAAAAGAAAGUAAAAAGAAAAGAAAACAAAAAAAAAACAAAUUCAAAGAAAGAUUUAACAACUCUGUGAUAAUUACUGUAAAUUUAUAAAUAUAAAUAAAUAAAAAAUACGCAAAAAUCGCAAAAAAAGAAAAUCUCUGCAUAAAUAACAAGAAAUGAACACUAAAACAAAACAAUUGUAAUUUUUAACAAUAGAAAAACAAAAGAGAGACAGACGAAGUAAUAAGAAGAGGAGAAGUACGAACAUCUUAAACAACAACUUUAUACAUAAGAGCAAAUGCAAAUUAAAAGAUAAAAACAUUGAAACAAAUUCGUGAUAUCUUAAAGGACUUCGAUACAUAUACUAUAGUAUAUUAUAUAUUAUAUUAUAUAAACUCUAAGUAAAUAAGCUUAACUUGAUAAGCAAAAAAAAACAAAAAACAAAAACAAAUGAAAACCCAUAAGUGAAAAAUACAACAACAACCAACAACAAAAGGAAAAACAAAAAAACCCUAGGUUAAAAAAAGACUUUAAACAAAACGCGCAUUCAAAAAAUAUAUAUUUAAAAACAAACGGGAAAAAAACGAAAUAAACACAAAAAAACGUAGGCUUAAAGUUCAACAUAGUAAAAAUAAAAAAAUAAAAAACCCAGCAACAAUUAAAGAGUAUCUAUCUAUAUAUAUUAACGAUAAAACUAAACAAUAUAAACUCAUAAUAUGUGCAUAGUGAAUAGUAAACGAAACAGCAAUAAUAACAUUACAAAACGUGUAACCGAAAAGUAAUAGCAACAACAACAAGAGAAACACCAAUCUACAACAACAACAACAACAACAAACAUACAGCGAAAUAACGGAUCACUUCUGUGCAGCCCUCGUCAAGAGCAUCGUUGAGCAGCCGCAGCCCUGUCAGGCAGCCAAGCUGCGAGCGACAUUGAGAGAGAAGAGAGAGUGAAAAGCUUGGUUUGUAACAAAACAACAAAAAAUUAAAAAGUAUAUAAAGAUAAAUCACUAAUACUUCCUAAAAACCACAACGAUUGCCUACAAAUAUAUAUAUAUAUAUUAUAUAAAUGUAUAUGUAUAUUAGAGAAAAACAAAAACAAACAAUAUAACAACAAACAUAUUAAUCACUCGCCCCUUCUCCCCCCAAAAUAAAAAAUCAAACAUCUAAUAUAUCAAACAAAAGCUCUAAAAAAAUAAACAAAAAGUAAUUUAAUAAAAAUUAAAAAUAAAAGUAUUCCGUAAAGCGCCCCAGUGUAUUUUUCUAGUAAAACUAAAAGAAAAAAGUAAAAAAAAAACAAAAACAUAACUCGAACAUAUGAACAAAUCGCAAUAAAUAGUUAAAGAAAUUUCAAAAGUUUUUCAUGUAACAACUACAAACCAACCAACAAAACAACCAAGCAACCAACGGCAGCAGCUAAUGCAUUUUCAUCAGAUUACGAAUAUAUAUAUAUAUAUUUUUAAAACACGAAGCAGCCGCAACUUCAACUAACAACCAACUACAACAAACAACAAGGAAACACCAACAACUAUAACAAUUAAAAACUGAACAUUAACAUUAUAUAAUUGUCGGCAUUUUUUUACAUACAUUUCUUGGGGCCAGUUGCCCCAAAAUCCCCAAAAGCAAAAAACCAACAAAGUUAUAAAAGAGAGGUGACAACCCAGAACAACAACAACAACAAACAAGAACAGAAACAACAACAACAACAAAUGAUUGUUUUUCUUUUUUAUUAACUUCGAAGACAAGGAAUUUCAGUGCCUCUUGUGCCAGUGUUUAGCCAAAAUAUAUAUACACAACAAAUACGUAUUUAUUGCUUAGUUUUUUUCUCUUUGAUAUAAAAAUAAUUACACUAAAAAUCGAAAAUAAAAUAUUGAUAAAAACAAAAAGAACAUUUCAUAAUAAAAAGAACAUUAAUUAAUAGAUUCGAUAGUAGUAGGUCAGUUUUUGAUCCGCUCCAAAACGCGCUCGCUCUAUUUAAAUCGUUCACCAUUCUCGUCGUCAUCCGUCGUCGUCAUCAUCAUCAUCGUUGUCGCGUCGUCACCAUCAACUAUAACCACAACAACAACAAACAGCAAUCAUCGUUUGAUCAUCAUAAUUACAAAUCAAACAACAAACCAGUCUCCUUGCGCUAGUCCGCUAUCAGCAUUUUCUAUAACAUCCAAAACAAAGCAAAACCAAUUAACAACAUGAAUACACAAUCCAAAGGAUAUCGCACUGGCGAAGAAAUCUAUGAUAAUUUGCACUUCGAUAUGUCUGCCAUACGCAGCUUGAGCAUACCGACAACUUUCCCGACAAUUAGCACUUUUACGCUAGACUCGACCACGUUGGGUCUGCAGCCGCAAUCGCAUGGACCGCAAACACCAUCGUCCGUGCAAAUGGCAAUGGGUCAACAACAACAACAGCAGCAGCAACAGCAAAAUAUGCAUCACCAUCAGCAGCAGCAACAUAUGCAGCAGCAACAUCAUCAGCAGCAGCAGCAACAACAACAGCAUCAUCAGCAGCAACAACAUCAGCAGCAUCAACAGCAGCAACAUCAGCAGCAGCAACAACAACAGCAACAUCAGCAGCAACAUCAGCAGCAGCAGCAGCAACAACAUCCCAGCAUUGGAAUGUUUGAUGCAAAUGAGGUCAACGAUAUCCUUCAGAAUCCGCCACAAAUUGGCGUCUUUCAAUCCAAUAGCGUGCUGAACAACGGCGCUGGCAGCUCAUCGUCCAUUUUUGGCUCACAAUCGAGCAAUUCCUCAGCAGCAGCAUCGGCAGCCAACGAUCCGAAUCAGGCCACACGCGAAACUGGCAUCAUUGAGAAGCUGCUGCAUUCGUAUGGAUUCAUUCAGUGCUGCGAGCGUCAGGCACGUUUGUUCUUUCAUUUCUCGCAGUUCACUGGCAAUAUUGAUCAUCUGAAGAUCGGUGAUCCCGUUGAAUUUGAGAUGACCUAUGACCGACGCACCGGCAAACCGAUUGCUAGUCAAGUAUCGAAGAUUGCGCCCGAGGUGGUGCUCUCCGAGGAGCGUGUCACCGGCACUGUGACCACCGAGCUGCGCACCGAUAGCGCCAACAAUGUGCUCAGCUCCAGCGAGACAACCGGUCGCAUUAGUUAUGAGAAUCGCGGCGAAUGCUUCUUUCUACCCUAUACCAAAGACGAUGUCGAGGGCAAUGUCAAUUUGCGGGCUGGCGAUAAGGUCAGCUUUCAAAUUGCAACGAACCAAAGAGGCAACCUGGGCGCGUGCCAUAUUCGGCUAGAGAAUCCGGCUCAACCGGUCAAAUAUCGUGGCGUUGUGUGCUCAAUGAAGGAAUCGUUUGGCUUCAUUGAACGCGCUGAUGUCGUUAAGGAGAUCUUUUUCCAUUUCUCCGAGGCCGAGGGUAAUGUUGAGCUGCGUCCUGGCGACGAUGUCGAGUUCACCAUACAGACACGGAGCUCUGCCUCUGUGCCGCCGCAGGGUCGUGAAUUUGCCUGCAACAUAACUCGUUUGCCGCCCGGUUCGGUUAUUUUCGAAGAUGUCGAUAGCACCAUUUACAAGGGACAAGUGCUCAAAUCGUUGGAUCGCAACAAUGCGGUGCGUCAGAACAAUGAUCCGUUGCCGGGACGUAUACGCUAUCGUGCACCUGAUUACUCUGAGGUGGAGGUGCCAUUUGGCGAUAAGGAUCAAAAGGGUGAUUUCACUUUGCGUCACGGCGAUUGGGUGCAGUUCCUGUUGGCCACCGACCGCAGGGAUCAAUUGCAGCGAGCCACAUCCAUUGCCCUGCUGGACGAGACGUUCAAGGUGUCCGGCGAGAAGAGGGAACAGGGCACAAUUGCCUCGCUCAAAGAGGGCUUUGGAUUCUUGCGCUGUGUGGAGCGUCAACCGCGCUUAUUUUUCCACUUUACUGAGGUGCUCGAUACGAGCCGUGAGAUUGAUGUCAACGAUGAGGUGGAGUUCACUGUCAUUCAGGAGCCCGGCCUUGCCUAUAAUAACUCGCGUUUGCAGGCCAUACGCAUUAAGCAUCUACCGCCCAAUUCAGUGCAAUUUGAAACUCUAAUGGCCAGCAACAUUGAGGGCUGCGUGACACGCGAGGCACCCAAGAGUCCAAUUAAAUCUCAGGAUCGCGUCGAGGGUGGCGUCAUCACCUACGAGCAUGGCGAUGUUAAAAAGACUAUUAUGUAUUUUCUUAAAGACUGCGAAAAACCACCAAGAAUCGGCGAGCGUGUACGCUUCGAUAUUUAUAUGGUUAAACGUAAUAAGGAAUUUAUUGCCGUCAAUGUGCAGCAAAUUUCACUGCAACAACAACAGCAGCAACAACAACAACUUUUGAACCAACAGGUCGCUAAUCAGCAACAGCCUGGCGUUAAUAUAAAUCAGAAUGAUCAAAUGUUGAUAACCAAUGGCAUCAACUCGAUUGCCAAUGCCAUGCAGAAUGGCUACAUAAUGCAUGGCAGUCCCGGUGGGGGCAGCAGCAGCAACAGCAGUGUCGGUAGCAAUGCAACCACUCAACAAAUAUGCACGCCUCACAUUGAGGACUUUAAGGUGGAGAAUAAUAAUCAUACCGGUGUUGAGACCACUGGCGGGCAAUUGUAUCGCGGAUUUAUCGCUGUUAUUAAGGAGAAUUUUGGCUUCAUUGAGACACUGUCGCACGACGAGGAGGUUUUCUUUCACUUUAGCAACUACCAAGGCAAUCCCAAUUGGCUUGAGUUGGGUCAGGAGGUGGAGUACACUUUGGCACCCAAUGGCAACACAUCUGUUUCGGGCAAUUGUCUGCCAGCUGAGAAUGUGCGCACAUUGCCGAAGAACUCGAUUCCGCAACCAGCGGUGCUGGAAACCGUACACAAUGGCGUUGUGGCACGUCCAUUGCGUUGCAUCAAUCCGGAUCAGCAGGAAUAUGCCGGACUAAUUGAGAUACUCGACGAGUCGAGAACUACGAUCAUUUCGCAGCAUGAAUUUGGCAUCACCAGUUUGGUGAAUAAGCGUGAUUUGUUGCAGAAAGGCGAUCUGGUUAGCUUCCGCAUCGAUGAGAGCGGCCGGGCAGCCGAGGUGCAUGCUGUGCGUCAGAAGAAACGCGCAACUGUUGACUCGAUCAAGGGUCAGUUUGGAUUCCUCAAUUUUGAGGUUGAAGACGGCAAGAAGUUAUUCUUUCACAUGUCCGAGGUGCUGGGCAACACUGUGGCUCUGCAUCCUGGCGAUACUGUGGAGUUUUCAGUGGUUACCAAUCAGCGUAAUGGCAAAUCUUCAGCUUGUAAUGUUUUGAAAAUAAACGAUCGUCCCGAUCGUCUGAUCUCGCGCCUUAAGCUCAAUGGCGAGGAUGGUAUACCGCGUUUGAUUCUCAUUCGCGCACCCAAGGGGCCACAGGGCAAAGGCUUCUCCGUACUCGCACGCCAUCCACGCAUUCCAGGCACCCUGGUGGAGUAAUUCCAAAUCAGAUAUUAGAUGCAAAUUAAAGACAAUGCAUGCAUACAUUCAAUAUAUACAUUUAUAUACAAAUAUUUAUAUAUAUAUUCUUGUACGCUACAACAUCAACCAACAACAAGGCUUAACGAUACCAUACAAAGAAGGCACAGCAACAACUCCAAACAAACCGUAAAACAACAAUUGCAAACAUACCAACUACAAUGUGAAUUUGUCGCUACAACCAUAUAAUAUGAAUGAAAGAUACAAUUUAUUAAGUAACUUAUUAACUUAGAAAACAAAACAAAAAACUAUUGGAAACGAUAAUAAUAAAUGAUAGUAAUGCAUAUGGCAUACCACAUACAUACAUAAAUACAUGCAUACUUACAUAAAUAUAUACAUGCAAAUAUAUUAAUGAUGAAAAAACAUACUAAACAAACUCAAAAACAUAACAAAAAACAAUUUCUACGUGUCUGAUAAAAAUGUAAACGAAAUUAAAUAAUCAUUAUUAAAAAACAAACAAAAACUAAAAAAAAAAUACAACCAGGGCCCUCCUCCUUUUUCCUAUUCGUAAUAAUGCUACACAGUUUAUAGAUUCUGUUAAAUUUGAAGUUGUGCGCUGCUUAAAACUGAAAUUCAAGUGUCUGAGAGAUGAAACCAAAUUGUGUGUAUACGUAUACUAUUUUUCAACUAGUUUUGCUUUAAUUUAAUUUAGCAUAUAUAAAAUGAAAUACAAAAACAAAAAAAAAAUGAAAAUAAUAAAUAAAAAAAUCAAAUAAAUAUUGUAUAAUGGCAACGAAAUCCUUGCAUAUGUGCGUUAAACAAAAUGUUAACCAACAACAAAGAGACAAACAAACAACAAUAUAUGCCAUAGAUGCGUAGAUAGUUUUUUCUCAACUUAUAUAUGCUCUAUAUUCUAUUAACCUAUUUCUAUAUAUUUUAAUUCUCGCAAAACUGUUCUUUCACUGCUUCUUCUUUGAAGUCUUACUGUUAAACUGGCAUAUAUAUUCAUAAAUAGAUGUGUAUAUUUAUUGAAUAAUUAUUGUAUACAACAACAAGAUGAUGGUGAUGAUGAUGAUGAUCAAAGUGACGAUGAUGAAAGCAACAAGUAUUUAUAUAUAGCAAACAAAGUCUUAAUUUCAAUUGUAACAUUUCAACACCAAAACACUCGACGAGUAAUAUUAACUGUGUUUGUUGUUGUUUCACGAAUUUUUUCUGCAUUCAAAAGGGUUGCAUUAACUUAUUACAUAUUAUAAUUAUACAAAAUACAUACAUACAUCUGCAUACAUCUUACAUAUACAACAAAACAUAUUUAUUUCAACAACAAGAAAUCGAACUUUGUAACUAACACACAAAAAAUAAACAAAAAAAAAAACUAAAUACAAAAAAAAAAACAAAACAAACAAAAAAUGAAAAGAAAGAAAUUAACUAAAAGUCUUGUAUGAGAGUAAAGAGAAGAGCAAAUGAAAUUUGCUGCGCCAAAUCUGUUGAAACCAUUUAAUGAAAGAUUACAAAAAUUAAUUUUUAAAAAUGUAUUUUUAAAUAUUAAAGUAUAUAUAUAGAGUAAAAACAAAAAUCUAAAAAAAAAAAAAAUACAAAGAGAGCGUGUCGGAAACAAAGAGCAAAUAUUGUGAAAAAAAAUUAUGAAUUUCAAUUACUAAAACAAGAGAAAAAAAACCAAACAAAAAAAAAAUAACAAAAAACAUUUAACAAGCUAACAACAAAUUUGGGAUCAGUACGUCCUACUAUAGCCAUGUUAUACAUAUAUACAACAGCAACAAGAGAACACUAAGCAACACAACAAAUCAUGAAAAAUAGUAACUUAAAUAUGUAUAACGCUAUUAUACGAAUAUCUAGGUAUACAUACAUACAUAAUCGUCUGAUAUGCCCAAGGAUAUAACUGCAGGCGUUUAGAUAUUUAUGCAAUGCAAUGAAAUGAACAGCACAGACACAACAGAACAGCAACUAAUCCUUAUUUAUAAAAUAUAAAACAUAAAAAAAUCGUAAAACAUACACACAACAAAAAAAAUGCAACAAAAAAAACAUAAAACAAAAAUACAUAUGUGCUUGAAUACGAAAGAAAAACAAAAAAAAAAAAAAACAAA